AUGACUAAGGAGUCCAACCCACUUGACACAGCUCCGGGCUACAUGCCCAUUCUAGAGUACCAGUGGCACGCUGGACCACUAGCAGGCUCGACUGGAAGAGGUGAUCAGCCGAGUAGGAAAGUGGUUCACAGGAACUUAGCUGGACCACUAGGAGACUUGACUGGAACAGGUGACCAGCCAAAUGGGAAAGUGGUGCUGGUGAUCAGGUGCAGGACACGUCAAGGAGACAACCAGCACGGAAUCAGAACAACCAGAAGACGGGAGGUGUUCUUAAACCGACGCGAAAUCAGUAAUGCAACAGAACUUUUGUCGGACUGGGACAAUGAAUUGGAAAUUGACAGAGUGACCUAUUUUCAAGACACGCUUAACGGCUACGCUCCUCUAAUUUUUGACCUAACCAGUCAAAGCACACUAGAUGAGCUCAUGGAGUGUGUGAAGAAGUUUUUCGAGGGCACGAUAAAAGAUUUGGCUCAAAAAUUAACUGAGAGUGCAAACCAACAAGCUUGGUUACAGAACGCAAUUGAGCUGAAAGGCUCAAUAGAAAAAAGAUCUUUAUACACAGCAGCAUUGAUAAACGAGACCGGGGUUUACGAAGUUAAGAGGCGACAAAUGAACAAUGUAACGGACAAAGAAGUGACGGUUGGACAUAAAGAUGUGAUUGUGUUGAAGUACAAGGAGAACCUAACUGAAAGUUUUCAGGGAGACAAAGACAAAGAAUUGAAUUUGGAUGAGCUUCGAGAACUGCUAAGCAUGCUCAUGUUGGUUGGUCGAAAAGGUGAAAAGAAGCAGCAAACUGGAGACACCAGCAAACCGAAGAAAGAAAAUGUAGCAAAAGCUUUUGCUUCCACAUUUCAAAACGUGGAGCGACUUGUGGACUCGUACGUGCAGCUUUACAACACAGGAUGUUCGCUUUUUAAAACGAUUGCUAUUAAAGUGACCAACAGUACAGCACAAAACUCCUCACUGAAAGCAAUUCGAUUCACGUUUAAGGACAGUUAUGUGCCACUAGAAGUGACAUCAACAGACCCAAACAGAGAACUGUCCGCCCUGUGCUCGGUGUUCGAGACUCUGAGAGCUAAAUGGAACGAGUAUGUUUUCGAAAUGAGAACAAAUCAUCCCAUUCUGAACGAAUUUGACAUGCAACAACUCAGCCACUUGUGUUCAGGGCUGGCACAGCUGCGCACGAAUGAGGACCAUGACUUGGAUGAAGUAAGUUUGUAUUAUCUGCAGCUUUUGUCGCCAGAUAUAACGCAAGUCCAGAUUGUCAAAAUUGUAGAAGAAGCGUUAGAAGAAAAAGAAGAACCGGAGCAAUCAACGAUAAUUGACGAAAUACUUCAACCCUGCUGGGAUGAGCGAAGCGAAAUUGAGCAAAAAGUGCAAGACUUAUGUCAAUUCUGCUACGGAAACCAGCAAAAGGCGAAGGCGGCAAUCGAGUAUGCGAGAAAUGUAAAUAGCGAUAAUGCGGCUGAUGAGAUUUUCAACGAUGCGUUGCGUUGGAUUCAGAUGGAAGGAGAUAGCUGUGAGCCGGAUGCAAUUGAACGCAUGGCUUCACAAUUGGACUCUUACUUGCGUGAUGUUGACAGGAGGGAGGUGGAAGUGACUGUGGCGGGAGAAGACUGCAGUGACAGAAUUCAGAGUACUUUCUCAGAGAAAGUUGAAGCCGUUUUUGAUUUAUAUGUGAAUGGGUGGACAGGCAAUAAAGUACUGGAAAAGUUGAAUAACAUCUUAAGUUUCUCACAGCUAAGCACUGUGCUCAUGCAAAUCAGAAAAGACCACGAAACAAUUAAACCGAAAUUCCCUUCAAACUUCAGACUCGGCGAGCCGAACCUAGUCAUGUGUGAGAGUCGAAAUCAAGUGUUGAUGAAUGUACUGAGUUUAUACUUAGACCUUGGGAGCGGAAAACUUCCUCGAUUGCGCAACGUUUUACUAUGUAAUAAGAACACUGAUGCCGAGGAAAUUGAAUUGUUCCUACUGCGAAGCGUUCUUGAUGCCCGAGGAGAAGUGUAUGCGGUGGCUUUCGGCGAGCAAAUGAGUCCAAGAGUAACCGAACAUCUUGAAAAUCUUCUGUUUAAUCGUUUGAAAGAAAAAAAAUCAGAAUACAGACUUGUAUUUUUCAAUUACAAGCCCAGUAGCCAGUUGACAGGAGUUCUGGAAAAGUUCAAACGACAAAGAGCCUGUAGACCUUCAGAAGACUUACGAGUGUGGGUCUGCAGCAACCUCAAGCGCACAGGUGACGCGGCAUCGAUCGAUGGCUACAGCUGUCGACUGGUUCUAUCAAGUCAGCCUGCUUCAGGUUCGUAA